GUGUUACAACAUUUUUGGGACACCCUGUAUUCCAAUAAGUUCAAGUGCAAUAAUAAGUAUCGAGCCCUUAGUUAGUAGUGCCAUCGGUGGGAAAACGUCCAAGUUUGUAGUAAAAAUAGUUCUCAUUGUUGCUGCUACUAGGUGGUGCCACUAACUAAAGGGUCGAUAAAAAAAAAUAGUAAACAAAAGUAAAAUGUAAUGUAUUGAAAUAAUAUAUUGUAUAUAGUGUUAUAAACAGUUAUAAAGCAAAGAAUCGUAUUAAUUAUGGAUUUAUGAAAAAUAAAGGUAAUUGAUUAAAAUGUCGUCGAUGGUGCCACUGCAUUACCAUACUAUAUACAUAUAGCGAGUGAAAGAUUUGUCACGAGGCGCGACGUCAUGACAUUACUGAAGUUCUGAAUGUAUGUAAACAACAUAUAUAUUAUUACAUGGGAAGGUUAAUUACGACGUGAUAAUCAGUGAUAAUUGUUAGUAUUAUUGUGCAAUAAAUAAAAAAAAAAUACAUGUCGAAUUGAGUAACCUCCUCCUUUUCGAAGUCAGUUAAAAAUUACGUAAAAUGUAUUAUCGGAAAAUAAUUGGAAAUACAUUUAAGUAUCUACAAAUACUUACAAAAUCUAAUUAUAUUCCAAAUAUUAGUGUAUUGAAAUUAAAGAAAAAUACAUUCGUAAUGGUUGGGCCACAAAUGUCUAAAAUAAAACGGCAUUAUGGCAAAACGUUUCAAGAGCAAAAGGAUAUAUCACGAACAAUACUUUUUGUCCUUUCGGGUAGUUUUUUGUUUAAUUUAUUCGAUUCUGAAGAAACAAAAGAUGAUGUUGCAGAACUAGAAAUGACAAUUAAACGAUCGAUUUUAUUAAUUCAGAGGGGAGAAUUUCCAAAAGCAGAACAAAUGUUACAUGUCGCUUUGCGACAAGCUCAAACUUUACAACAUUAUGAUGGUAUAACUUAUGUAUAUGAUGUAAUGGCAAAUCUUGCAUAUAGUAUGAAUGAUUUUAAGAAAGCAGAAAAAUUGUUUGUAUCAGUUUUACAAAGAUUAAUAUCUAAAGGAGCUUCACAAGAUGAUCUAGCUGUCAUUCAUAUUAGUCUUAAAAUUGCUACCAUGUAUAACAAAAUGGAAGACACAGAAAAAGCAGAGAAUGGUUACAAGUUCUGUUUAAAAAAUUUACAAAAUCAUAUGGUUACUGACAGCGAGAAUAGAGAUGUUCUACAGUUGCUAGGUUUAACUCUAGAAUCUUAUGCAGCUAUGCUCUUGUUACAAUCACAUUAUACAGAUGCUAUGAAUUAUUUAACUCAAGCUUAUGAUAUAUCCGUAAAAAUAAAUGGUGAAGAACAUGAGCAAACUGUUGUUCUUUUGAAUGAUUUAGGAACUGUUAAUUGUAUGGUAAAAGAGUAUGAUCAAGCAAUUAAAUAUUUAUCUGAAGCCACAGAAAUAGGGAAAAAAUUACCUGAAAUGAGUGAUAUAGGUACUAUUCAGGUCAACUUGGGAAAUGCAUUUAUUAUGAAAGGAUUAUAUGAACAAGCAAAAAAAAAUUGUAUUGAAGGAAAGCGUUUAGGAAAAGCCAAUAAUCAUAAAGAGUCUGUAAUAGAAGCUGAAGAAUGCCUAGAAAAGAUAAAGAAACUAACAUCUUUAGUAUAAAUAUA